GGCAACUAUUUUUACUUGGGGUUUACAUAGUCAUUAAAUGCUAUUUGUGAUUAACAUUGAAUGACAGUAUUCAACAUUCCAAUUUUUCUUAUCAAAAUCAACCAAAACUGAAAACAAUUUUAAACUUUUGACUGAAAUUGAUUUUAAAUAUGCCACAUAAAUUUUUUUGACAUUUUUGACCAAAUUGUUGUGAAUUAUCUCCCUUGUAUAAAGAAAAAUAUAACUAGAAAGCUACAUAUGCAUUUGGGGCUAAAAUGAUCAAUCGAGUAUAUUCUAAUAAUUAUAGAAAAUCAAUUAUAUCAGAGGUCAGUGGUGAAAUGUUUUACGUAAAAUGUACCGUAUGUUCUCUUUUUUCUCGAAGCACAACGACAAGAAAACUACAUUUCAACAUGGCUGAUGGAAACGCAACUCUUUUUCAGAAUUGCACUGAUUUGGGGAAUGCUGACUAUGAUGAAAUUAUUCUUCUAUCUGAAAUCGUUGGUGGUACAUGCGCCGUAUCGUUCAUAGUGGCUGGAAUCAUAUACUGCUGUCAUAACCAUUCGUAUGCCUCUACUUUGAAAGAAGGAGAACUUCAUUGUUUACUGGAAAUCAUAUCAAUUAUUGCAUUUGUUUACGACCUUUCUUCGGAUGUAUUUUUGAGCUUACAGUACUAUAAAGAAAGGAACUCUACAUAUUUCGUGCUGACGAUGAUAUUUAUCAUUGCACCUGUAUUCUUCAGUUACAUUGCUAUAGUUGCUUUGGUUUCAAGCAUGUCUGUCAAAAUGUCGAAAACUGAGUGGUGUGGAUCAAUGAUGGCCGCAGUUGCAUUUGGACCCGUUGGUGCUAUUUUUGGACAUUUAUUUGUGCUAAUCUACAGUCUUGGAUGUGGACCAGGUAAACGUAUACCUAUAAAAUUUUCACCUGCCGUUCACGGUAUGUUGGAAGUGAAUUUUGAGGCAAUACCACAACUUUUACUCCAAAUCUACAUCAACGUGAAUACAUUGGCAUGUGAUCAGAAUGACAUCAAAACAAGGCUCCUUCGAUACGUUGCAGUUGGUGGGUCAGCCUUUGACAUCAUUGUAGCAAUGUAUGUCUACAAAAAUCAUAUUGCGGAACGGUCAUCACCCAAUGACGAAAUUGAAUUUAAAGUAAAGUUUAUGUCAUUUUUGAAGAAAUUAUUUUUAAUUGGAGCAAGAUUGGUCAUUUUCGCACUUUUCUUAUCAGAGUUCACAGAUUGGUUUUACAUGUUUGCGGGGUAUAGGUUUUUAGUUUGUGCCAUCUUGUCUUUUGUCAAACUUUGUUUUAGAAUAGAAACACAAGCGGAGGAGAAAAUGUCAUUUAUAAAACGUUUUGUGCUAUCAAUCAUCGAUGCAUUCUUGAAUUUGUUCAUUGUUGUGAGAUUUUCGGAUUACAAAGGCAGUUAUUUGCCAUUAAAACGUGUAUCGUAUGUAUUUAUCUAUUGUGAGAAUAUUUUUCUUUUCGCGAUUUGGAUAAUCUUCACAAAAUACGACCACACGUGGUACUACUGGCCGAGUAUUGGAAUAAUCACAGCUUUCACUGUGUGCAAUAUUCUAUGUGAACUAUUUCAUUUCAAGUAUAAGCUUGUUAACAGAGUGAGUGACAUACAUAUACACCAGUACUCCCUCGAUAUAUUGCCCCCUCCCCCCACCAUAAUGCCACCCCACGUGUUGCCUGAACAUCUCAAGGAACAGAUUCCCUCUAAUGUUAAUACCCCGUUAUAAUGCCAACCACACAUAAUGCGAUAUGCCACUGAUUUUCACAAACAAAUGGUCAAAUUUUAUAGGGGUUACCCUCCAUAAUAAUGCCAAUUACCUACCACCCAUCUGUAAUCACACCUGUACUUUGAUAGCGGUGUGGUGUGAAGUGUGACAGUUUGGACAAGGUAUGCAGGUGGUAAGGUUAAUUAGUAAUAAUUCUGAAUUAAAUUCAAGAUCAUGUAAAUGUUUUUAAAGAAUGAUCUCCAAAUAACUUUCUGGUAUUGAAAUUCUUUUGACUGCUCAUUAAAUUGUCCGUAAUAGUAAAUUUGUUAUAUUGCCACUCCUGCUUUAUUGUCCAAAUUCCUCUUGAACAAAAGUUGGCAAUAUACUGAAGGAGCACUGUAUAUCUUAAUCAGUCAAUGAAGCAGUAGGUCACCAUACAAACCACGCUACAUGUUAUUACUACAUCAAACGAAUUGUUCUAUCCUUGACUAGAUUCAGUCCAUACCACAACUAAACCGACGUUCAGUAUAACCUUCUCAAGGCCAGACGUUCCGUUAUCAAACACAUUUGUCGUUCUCAUUUAAACCCGUUCAUUCUCGUUCCUGUAAGAUCAUUCCGAACUCACAUAGUGUCAUUGAGCCAUGUUUAUUUAUUGAGAUAGGAAGAAACUAUAGCCUUCGAUUUCUAACAACAUUUCAAUACCCUGCAAAGGUUCUCUUUAAAAAUUAAGAUCUGUGAACUUCUAUAAAAAAUCAUCAGCUGUUUUACAUUUUGCUACCCAUUAACUUGCCUUACUUGAAAACCCUCUCCGAAACUUAAUGCGUUUAGAUAAAAGUUUUAUAUACAAAAACAAACAAUGUAUCAUAUACAAUAUUUUCAAUUUGAAAUGCUGAAUUCUUUCUCACAUAUCAAAAUUUGAUAUUUUAAUUUGAAGUGUAGAUCGAUCCGCCUAUAGAAAUUGAUUGCUAUUCAUCUGAUACUUACGUAAAAAAAAAAUAUUUUCGGAAAAUUAAACUAAAUUCAUGAACCAAAUGAGAUCAAAAUAGGGAGGCAAUAUUACACCUGGUUGAUUUCCAAAAUGCUUAUACUACAAUUUAAGACAAAUCAAAACGUAAAUAAAUCAAUAUCUUUCAUACACUACCACACGCAUUAACUGAGCCUUAUUUCAUGUUCUGAACAUUUUUAUUUUCCGAAAUAUGCUUUUUUCACAUCAAUAAAUCAUGGUAUGCGCUUGUAUGCAAAUUCAAGCAGCUUAAAGCUACAGACUGUACAACUAUACGAUAUUGAAUGGCGUCAUUAAGCAAUAAUAUUAAGACACUAUUAAAAAUGUUCUCAAUUGUCGUUUUUGUCCAGUUUAUUUUCAGUAGGUUGUCAUAUUACGAAUGCAAGUUGAAAGCGGCACAUAUAGAUAAUUGCUUUACUGAAAAAAUGACUAUAUUAUAUUUUGAGAGUAGAUUUAUUUAAGGCAUUGCACGGUUUGUUUUCUUAUCUCUCUUGGUGGUUGUACGUUAUAACUGCUGUCAGAAACUAAUCUACUUUAUAUUUGUAUCAACUCAACGGAAUAUAUAUAUAUAUAUAUAUAUAUAUAUAUAUCUACAACCGCCUCGGCAUCAGGUGUGAAUGUCACGGAUCCUCGGAGAUGACCUUAAAAACCCAUACAUUUCUCGUGUCACAGUAGGUGUAGUACGCUAAAGAACCCUUACUGCUCAAUGGCCGUAAGCGCAGAGGCCUAAAUUUGAAGCCCUUCGCCGGUUUUGAUGACAUCUCCAUAUGAGUGAGAAUUCUCGAGAGAGACGUUAAACAAUAUACAAUCAAUCAAUUUUACAUACAUAAAGAGAGAAAGGGAGAGAUAAAGUCGUGACAUUAUCGGUAUAAUGAUGACAAUAUUAGCAAUGACUUGAGAAAAAUUUAUCAUGAAACGGGCUUUGCAUGAAUUACUUAUAAAAGAGAUUUUCAUGUGAACUUAAAAUAUAUCCAUCGUCAUGUGAAUUAUAAAUAGCCAUGGAUCAAAGUGGAAAAACUAUAUUUGUAUUUCAUACUGUUAUCCGUACAGAGAACAACUUACCGAAGAUUGCUAAAAAUAGUCCAAAACACAAAAUAAAGGUUUACAAACAAAACGGGGGAAAUCAGCAAAUAGUAAAACAUUGUCCUAUCAUUCCACCAAUCUGUCCUGAUUUCCCCCAUAAAUAAUUUACCCAAAAAUAAAUACUGCUGACUAGUUUUAACAGGGGAAAAUCAGCAGAUAUAAAACAUCUAAUUACACAGGAUUUCAACACAUCUGUCUUGAUUUUCCCCAAAAAUGAUUAUCACAAAUAACAGUACUACCGACUAGAAAUAACAAUACUACCGACUAGAAAUAACAAUACUACCGACUAGAAAUAACAAUACUACCGACUAGAAAUAACAACUACUACUGCCCACAAAUAACAACUACUACUGCCUAGUUGAAACAUAAACUUGGAACGCUUGUUCCAAAGCGUUAAAAAGCAAAAAGAUGGCGAACAUUAAGACCAAAUAUAUAGAUGGAAUUUAAGACAGGGAGGUGGCGGACCAUCCUCGUGUGAAUUACCAAAAGCCAUGGUUCAAAGUGGAAAAUCUAUAUUAAUUUCCACUUCGUAUAGUUUAAUUCAAUCAAUAACUAAAGAAAAUGUGUAUGUUGUCACCUGCUUUUAAAGAUGUCAGACUUACAAAAACAGAAGUACAUGUCAACAUCAGAAAACCCUACCUUUUCGAAAACAGAAUAAUAAAAAUCACAUACAGGGAAGAACCUGUUUAAAUGACAAAUUGUUAAUGUCAACAGUUUCAAAAAGAGCUAUUUUAUAAUAUAUUAUAUUAUAUUUGGAUAUCAUGGGAAUCAUAGGCAUACAAUAGAAAAUGGGAGUUAUCGUCCUUUAUCAUACAUGUAGAUAGUUGAUUCUCUAUGGAAAAUAUAAACUUUUUCAUUAUCAAUACUUCACCAUGUUUUACUUUCAUCUAGUGAAUAGAAUUCCUCUAAAAGAUAAGCAUGAUUUGGUCUACGUGUUGAGAUUGCAUGCGUUUGGGCAACACUUCAACGUCACCAACGUCACUUGCCAUUUUGUAAAUACUGAUCGACCUAACAACCUUUAAAUUCACUUCCUUUUUAAUUUGCCUCCUUUGCAAAGUGGUUAGGUCAUAUAUGCCAUUUUGUAUAUGUUGUUUCACCAUCAUGGCUUUUGUUAUUUAUUAUGUUAUUUUUUUUUAUUUUCGUAACAGUCUGACUGCAUCAUUGCAGAUGUGACGUUAGUGUGUCUAUCGUAUUUGAAUCACAUAUUGGUCAAUCUAAUUAAAUUCAGAUCCUAAGAUUCGCUCACAAUCGCUACAAUAGGCAGAGUAUACGGCGCGGAUCUAAGAUAUCUGAUUUUAAAUAGAUUGCAUAUUGGUUGACCUUUAUUUUACUAUCAACCUUUACGUCACAUCACACUGUCUGUGUGAUCUGUCGUCACAAAUGGAUGCAUAACUUGUGUAUAUUUAAGACCUUGACCUACGUAAACAUGCACCAUGUUAUGUAAUAUUGUGCUUGCUAAGAAUUUGAUACAUUUAUUAUGUACUAAAUUAUCAUUCUUUAUAUAAUCUUGUAUAUUCUUGUAUUAAAGGACUAUCAGAUAAAGGAAUUUUUAACACAUGUUGAUUUUACCACCUCAUUCUAUGAUGUAGCGAAAUUAGCACAUUAAGACGUAAAUCACAUUGUCAUAUACCGAUUUCAAAAUGACAAAAACACUAUAGCGAUGAGUUAUUAAGAUAAAGAGAUGUGCUUGUAAUUUGAUUUGGAAUAUAGAUAUGAUCUAGAUUUUAUGUUAUCAAGAAACUCCUAUUUCAAAUAUACAUAUUACAUUUCAGUUACUUAGUAACAUCUAAUGUGUAGAAUGUGUUAUAUCAAUUAUUUUGAAAGCUGAUUUUUCUUCUGGUUUUUUGUUUUUGGUCUAAGUUGGAAGGAGAACUGACAAAUAUGCUGCUAUAUAUAAACUUCUAUAACACAAAUGUACUAUGUACGGAAUCUUGAGUAACAUUUUUCUCUUCAAUAUACAUGAAUAUUGCU